GGGGAUAAGCAGGGAAGGAGCUUGGGCGAUCACGAAAUUCCUUGCUAUAUAUAAAUACCGAGUCUGCCGGCUCAACUGCCAACUUCUCUACAUCUCCUCUACCCUCUACAUCUCCCGCGGCCUCAGGCCUCGCUCGUCGAUACUGGGAUAGCGCUAUAGACUUAAAGGUUGUGCCGUGCGUUGUUCAAAAGUGUGACUUGUGACACCCCAGAAUGACCGUCUGGGCAGGUGGUUAACGGGUUCUUGGUUGUAUGGCAGCAAUCGGUAAUAGUUGUCCCCGCACCCUUCUGCGUUUUUCUGAGCAUAUUUAUAUGUAAAGGUGUGCGCACGCACGCUUGUGUGGAGAUCUCGUAUUCCGUUUUCUAACUAUCUAUACAGAAACACCUUGGGUAGAUUCCAUGUCCCCGACUACCUAUCCACACGAUGAUGGCGCCCCGGCGGCCUCCUUGGCCACCACUACGGCACUUCCACCCACAGUUGCUGCCUUCUCUCCCACCAAUAUUUCAGGAUCAUCCCUAGCUUCGAGACAGCGUUCAACGGUAAUAGUCCACAGGAAAUCACCCCUUCUCGUCGCAACCCCUCCCCCAAUCACUCGCGCACUAGCCUACUCCCAUCCUUUCCUGCUCCCAUUAAACCGGCUGGUGGGUUUGCUUUCAUGGUCUAGCGGGGAUCCUUGGGAGAGUUUCCUUCUGGUUGCUGGCUUCUGGGCAACUGUUUUAUACGGAGAUGUGAUACUACUCUGGGCGGGGCCUAUUCUGGUUGUGCUGGGAUUAAUUCUGGCUAUGUAUUCGCGACGAUAUUCUCCAUUAUCAUCAACUGGCCUUACUGGAGAAAAGCAUAGAGGGCUCGGGGAGGCCGAUGGAGCCUCCAAGCAUCAGAAGAGCUUGGAUGAAAUUGUAGAAACCCUGAGAACAUUCACGACCAGGUGCAAUAUCUUGCUAGAACCUUUGCUCGAACUGACGGACUUCCUUUCCACCCAGCGGACAGCUACUUCCGCAACAACUAGGCCAGCGUUGAUAUCAUUGACAAUGCGAAUAGUUCUCGUAACCCCUAUUUGGAUCCUUCUAACUUUACCACCCUUCCGCCUCAUCACUCCUCGACGUGUCAUACUCUCGAUAGGCACAGUCAUUCUCACAUGGCACUCUAAACCAGCACGCAUAUCCCGUGUCAUACUCUGGCGCUCAUUAAAUAUCCGUCGCUUAUGUUCCAUUAUAACAGGACUUCAAUUUUCUUCCGACUCUCAUCCGAGCGACAAAGACUCCGACGCUAGAAAAAAGUCUCCUCUUUUCUCAUUAAACCCUUUCCGCCGCAAACAGGAUAGCAAUACUUCAGCAGCUAAUAUUUCAAUGAAAAAACGGCGAGCUGAUUCAUCCGGCGUCCGUUUCACUUUCAUCCUCUAUGAAAAUCAACGUCGUUGGUUGGGCAUUGGUUGGACUUAUUCACUCUUCACAUAUGAGCGUGCCGCAUGGACGGAUGAGCAUCUCAAUCCUGUUCCACAAAAGGACGACUUUGAACUGCCUGAAGUAGAAGGCGGAAGUGCGAGAUGGAGAUGGGUACCUGGAAGCGAAUGGCGGAUCGACAACAGCCCGUCCGAUGUUCCUGCCAAAAAGUCAUCGAAAUCAAUUCAAAACACUAGCGGGAAUGGUCCUGGCGAGGAUGAGGGCUGGAUAUACUACGAUAACAAGUGGAACGAUGGCCGCCGUGGCCAAGACGGCUGGGGCAGGUACACAAGGCGGCGGAAAUGGUGUCGGGAUGCUGAGCUCGUGGAAGUAUCUCCCAGCACAGAAGUCACUCCUCCACCCUCUCCCACUCCAGAGAAGGGCCCAUCAUCCUCUUCAUCACAGUCAAUCAAACCUCAGUACGAAGAUAACCUCUUAGAGACGGAAAGAAACAAUUGUCCGCCAUGUGACUCCUGCAAGGUCCGCAAGCGGCGUUGGUUCGGCAGCAGCGAGCUCUCAAGGGCCCUAGCCUCCUCGCCAGGCUCAACCUCCAGUGUACACAAUAGCGAAUCAGGCUCAGCCGCCAUUGCCACAGGCACAGGCGCAAGUGCAAACGCAAGCGCAGGCUCAACCGCGAUGAAAGUCCCAUGGCCGUCGAGUAGUAACAUCACCAACGUUCGUCCCACAUCCAUCUCUACCUCCUACAACAACUCCCACUCCUCAUACGCAAACAGUUUUGACAAUGCUGGUGGCGCUGGCAGUUGUAGUAGUAGGAACAGUUUUACCUCCCGACGACGUAGUAGGCCUGGUGCUAACAGCAUGACCUUGGCCGAUGCAGACGGCGAGAGCCUCAGUCGGAGCAUCCGUGAUCAGGAAAUUGAGGAAGCGGAGAAUGCUGUGGACAGCUUUGGGAAUCGGCCUGGUGGAGCAGCUGAAAGGACGGAAAGGGGCUGGGGCUUGGGCGAUGAUGCACAUAUGGGCUUAAGCUAAAGGCUUAAAGCAAUGAAAUAAAAAGAGAGGAAGGUAUCAAUACGUUGCUUUUAGUGCAUUUUCCCCCCCUUUUGCAUCUCCAAUUAUCACUCUUUUUCCUGAAGCGUUCCCAGUGUGGCAUUAUCUUCCUCUUAUCCAAGGCGAAAUGGAAUCGGCCGGGCAGAUUGGGAUGUCAAAAUGGAGGAAAUAAAAACCGGGACGAAAUUGAAGCAUGGCUGAGGCGUGUGGCGUCUCUACAUUAUAUAUAUAUAUGUAUGUUUUUGUGCAUGUUCGAGAUGAUGUGAUGCAUUUUUCUGUGUUUUUUUUUUUCCUUACCACGCAUAUCAGGGGGCCAGGGGUGCGGGCCGUCCAUUAUCCGAUUUUUAUUUAUAUACGACAUUUUCUCUUAUGUGUAAGCCACCUUUCUCUUCCCGUUUUAUUGUUUUUCUAACUCCCAGGACAGACCUAGGACAUGUGUUAUGUUUUAUCUCAUGAAUCUCUUAUGGGCUAAAUGUCAUUGCCUCCUUAU